AUGAGGUGUUUAGGCUACAUAUACCCAAACCAAUUCUUACAAUUGAGAGCCUGUGUAUAGUCACAUUUUGGGGAGGAAAUAGCUUCUGACAGCACAUUAUAAUCCUACAAAAAAGAUUUAUCCUACAUUAUAUUAAGCAUGGGAACAAAGUAGUCUACCCAAGUUAAAAUAUAACCUAACUGUUCUGUUCUCAAGAACUGCUCAGAGUAACUGUGAUCGGCUACAGCAGGUAAGGUGACAAAGUAUGAGCCAAAUGUCUAAAAGUGUUCUUGUGUAUACUUUGUAAAUGUAUAAGGAUAUUUAAAACAUUAAAGUUGAAUGUCUUAAUAGUUCAAGCUCUGUUAGAUACUGGGGUCAAUGGAAAAGUAUGUGGAGGAUGGGUACAGAACUUCAACUUCAAACAGUAAAAUAAAGUGCUGUAACGGUAGACAGAACCGUUAAUUGUGGUCUGUUGCACCGGUUUACUACUAGUCUACAUGUAGUCUAGUAUGUAAUAGUCUGCUCAUGUCUCAAGGGUCAAUGUCAAUAAUUCACACAUUAUUUCAAUGAAAGAAGAUCGAGAACGAAUAGUUUGGUUAGAAACCAACUUUUGGAAAGAGUCAUUUUUUUAAUGCAGUGGCUGCGUGACCUGAUUCUGUCGAAGCCUCUUCCCAAUAGCUGAAUAACUGUACCUUCUGCACAUGUGCUACUUUACGGUGAAAGGCAUGUUGUACAAACUUUGUCUGCUGUAACCACAGAGAAUGAUAGAGGCCUCUAGUGGCCAUUUUAGCAUGGGCAGCGUCAUUGAGGGCGUCCACCAUGCUUCUGCCAUUUUAAAGUAAUUAAAGUAGUCAACUGGGUGGGGACUCCUAUGAGUUGUAGGCUCAAUGGCACUGCCCAUGCUGUCACAGACGCUAUAAUGGCAUAGAUACAAAGAUGAGUCCUCUAUCUAGCUCUAUGGAAGGAACUAUAAACCACAUGAUCAACAUAUUGUACAAACUUAUUUGUCUCAUGUCUGUUGUAACUAUAAACAAUAUUAUAUUUUCAGAGUAGGAUAUGGCAGAAUAUAUUAAGAUUACACCAAGGUUCAUAGGUUACAUCAAUUGAUGGGGAGUAAGACAGCAUAAAACCAACAAAAAUUUACACAAAUGUCUUAAAAUACAUUCCACAUAGGCUACAGGUAGACUGAUUUGUGCAUAAAACAUGCGCAGAAUGUGAUAUGGUUACUUAGCUCUCGGGAAGAGGAGUCCUGGGGGGGCCAUUUUUCAAUUGAGGUGAACCCUCAGAGUACUGUAAAUCACAGAAGCACAUUCAAUUACAUUCUAUUCACAUGCUUGCUUUAUUGGCAGGUGACGUUUGCAAACUCCAUAGUUCUGAAGAUGGUACCUCCGCUUUGCUUUCACCACCUCAAACAAUACUGGGCCAUGUACAGGUUAAGACUGAUAAGGAAAAGCUGCUUGACUCAAAUUACAUUCCUUGACUUUGAUACUAGACGGUGUCAUUCUUCCAGACCUCCAGUAGAUUUGAUCGCUAUCAACUACCCAGCAGAAACAAUCAAUGGGAGAAAAUACCGAGACAACCAUCAGACCAGUCAGAUAACCACUCUCUAAAAUAAACCACAUCUUAAAAGCUAAUGAGUACAGUUAUAAAGUCAAUGGAUAUGAUGGACGAAACUCUGUUAACUCAAUUUUAGGGUUUGAUAGUAACAUGUUGGCAUCAAAUGCUCUGAGUGAGGACCGCAGGAGUGCAGCGACUUGUCUCCAGAGUAGGGGAAUGCUUUUUGGGGUAUUCGAUGGACAUGCAGGUUAUGCGUGCGCCCAGGCAGUCAGUGAAAGGCUCUUCUACUACAUUGCUGUGACUCUACUCCCAGUGAAGACCUUAAGGGACAUUGAGGAUGCAGUUGAGAAUGAAAGGCCGGUGUUACCCAUGCUACAGUGGCACAAGCACCCAAAUGACCAUACCAGCACAGAUUCUGGGAAGCUUUACUUCAACAGCCUUAGGACGUACUGGCAAGAGAGGAUCGAUCUAGAGGAGGACGAGGACAGGUACGUCCAAACGGCUUUGAUGAAUGCAUUCAAGAGGUUGGACAAUGACAUUUCACUUGAGGCCCAGGUGGACUUUGGGGACCCCUUCUCCCACUUCACCCCUCUUCGGGUGGCUCUGUCUGGGUGCACAGCAUGUGUCGUCCACGUGGAUGGAAAUGACCUGCAUGUGGCCAACCUGGGGGAUAGCAGGGCUGUGCUGGGAGUCCAAGAGGAGAAUGGGACCUGGUCAGCACACACCAUCAGCAACGACCACAAUGCCCAAAACACAGACGAGUUGCAGAGGGUUCUCUCUGAGCACCCUGCGCUCGAACACAAGACAGUAGUCAAACACGGCAGGCUACUGGGCCUCCUCAUGCCCUUCAGAGGGUUCGGAGACAUUAAGUUUAAAUGGAGCGGUGAAAUGUUGAACAGGGUGUAUGAAACAAGACCAGACAUCUUGUCGGCCAAUGAGUUUGUUAAGAUGCUCCCACCUAACUACCACACGCCACCAUAUCUCAUUGCUGAGCCAGAGGUGACAAGCCACACACUGAGGCCAAAGGACAAGUUUCUGAUCAUGGCAACUGAUGGCCUAUGGGAGCUGAUGCACAGGCAAACUGUGGUGCAGGUCAUAGGAGAACAUCUGACUGGUCUACACUGGCAGAAACCAGUAUCUGGGCUCUCCUUUACAAUGGGACAGAUGCACAGGUUGCUCCAGGAGAGGAAAAGCAGAGCCAUUUCGGCUUUAGAGGACGAGAACUCUGCAACACAUCUGAUCCGCCAUGCUUUAGGGAGUGAUGGCUUUGGUACUGUGGAGCAAAGGCGCUUGUCGAAAAUGCUCAGCUUGCCUCAGGACCUGGCAAGGAUGUACAGGGAUGAUAUAACAAUUGUUGUAAUCCAUUUAAAUAGUGCCAACAUGUAAGCCAAUCAAAGAUCAGACAUUUCGGGGGGAUAAAGGGCUCUAUUUUUGGCCGGCGCUAAGAUGGCGCUCUUGUCUAACUGGUGCUGUGACAUUUUCCAAGAGAGCUGAUGAUGAUGGCGGUGACCCUCAUAUUUUGAAAUAUUUCAGUUGUUUUCCUGUAACAAUUGCUUGUUUUCUAUUCCAUUUGAUUAAAAACCAAGUCCUCUGUAGGCUUCCCUACUAUAACGAAGUCGCGUUCAAC